AGGAUGAAGGGCAUCUCUUCAACAGAAGCUCUGCUCUGUAGAGUUAUGCUAGUGUUUACCAUGCCUCUGGGAACGUUUCUCCUUCCUGUUCUCUGUUUCUUGGGAGCAGCAAUUCCACGGGGACUGCAGUAUGUCACAUUCUCACGCAACACUACAAAAUUCCUCCACCUGUCCAUGGACUUGGAAUCUGGGACCAUUUAUUUGGGGGCCACCAACUUUCUCUUUCAGCUGACAUCUGACCUGCUGAUGGAGAACAUGGUUCAGACUGGACCAGUUCUGGACAGUAAGGAUUGCCUCCCCCCGGUCUCAAAGCUGGAGUGCCCCCAGGCACACCACACUGACAAUCACAACAAGCUACUGCUGGUGAACGCAGAGCAGAAGGAGCUCAUCGUGUGUGGCAGCGUGCACCAGGGGAUCUGUGAGAAGAGGAGCCUCUCGUCCAUCGACCACGUCCUCUUCCGACCAGAGAGCCCUGGUGACACUCAGUAUGUUGCUGCCAAUGAUCCCAAUAUCACCACUGUGGGACUCAUAGCCUACUCAAAGGAUGAGGUCCCCUUGCUGUUUGUGGGACGAGGGUACACUAGCCGAGGAGUGGGAGGAGGAAUUCCUCCCAUCACUACUCGAAAUCUCAGGGCCCACGGAGGGGAUGUUCAAGCAACAGACUCUCACUCCAUUUUCUCCUAUGAAGAAACAGCAAAACUGGCUGUGGGCCGGCUCUCCGAGUACAACCACCAUUUCAUUAAAUCCUUCACUUACCGCUCGAGUGUCUAUUUCCUAUUCUACCGGCGGGACCUCAAAUCUCAGUCACGCGAGUACAAGACCUACAUCUCGCGCAUCUGCCUGGAUGACUCUCAUUACUACUCGUAUGUGGAGCUACCUCUGCUCUGCCAGAGCAAAGCCAAUACAUACAGCCUCCUGCAAGCGGCCUAUGUCACCCGGCCAGGAAAAGACCUGGCCCAGGGGCAGCUGGACACCGAGGGAGAAGUGCUGUUUGCUGCCUUCUCUGCCUGGCAGGCGUCUUCUGGGAAACUGAGCGAGGAGUCUGCGCUCUGUGUCUACGCCAUGGAGGAGGUGGAUCGCCUGACCAACUGGACUAGGGAUGUUUGCUACAUGAGAGAUGGGAAGUCAGAAGAAGGGACAGAAGUGGCAUAUAUUGAAUACGAUGUCAGCUCCAACUGUGUCCAGCUGCCAGCGGACACCCUGUAUGCCUACCCCUGUGGCUCUGACCACACUCCCAGCCCCAUGGCCAGCCGUGUACCCUUGGAAGCAGCUCCGCUCCUGGAGAAAACCGAGGCCCGUCUGACAGCUGUGGCAGUGAAUGUGGAAGAUGGCCACACCAUUGCUUUUCUGGGAGACAGCAGAGGGAGGCUGCACAAGGUGUACAUAGGAGCCAUGGGAGAUGCACAUAUAUACACUUCGUUAGCUGUCCCGUCGAACAGCGUGGUGAGUGGAGACCUGCUGUUUGACCAGUUGCAGGAGCACCUCUUCGUCAUGACCCAGUCAAUGGUGGUAAAGGUUCCCAUAAUGGAAUGUUCCCUGUACUUGGACUGUGAAUCCUGUCUGGCACUGAAAGAUCCCUACUGUGGCUGGUGUGUCCUUCAGGGACGGUGCAGCCGUCGCUCCGAGUGCUUGCGGUCCAGGUUGAGUGAGCAGUGGCUCUGGAGCUUUAACUCUACCCAGCAGUGUCUGUCUGUCCAGUCACUAACUCCAGCCAAUAUCAGCAGGGAGGAAAAGAGAAAUAUAUUCUUGGCCAUCUUGGAUUUACCUUCUCUGCGUGAGGAAGAAUUUUACUCGUGUUACUUUGAAGAUUAUGAAAGCCCAGCAGUUCUGACAGAGUCAGGAAUCAUGUGUCCUUCUCCAGAUCCCAGCCAAGCACCAGCUUUGCCAACAGGAAAAGAUCAUGUCACCAUAAAGCUCGUAGUGCGUUUCCAUGACAUCUUCAUUGCUUCUGUGGACUUCUCUUUCUAUGACUGUGCUGCAGUGGCCCUGCUGUGGAAAUCGGCACCGUGUCAGAAGUGUGUGAGCAGUCUCUGGGGAUGUAACUGGUGCAUCCAGCAGCACCUCUGCACCCACAAAGCAGCCUGUGAGGAGGGAACCAUUAUCUACAAUGAAAGGGCCCAGAUUCCAUCCUCAAGUGUGUAUCCUUCUUCAGCCGCUCCCCUCACCAAGUCUUCUACCACAGCCCCAACCAUGGCCACAAAACCCGUCACUACCCCUGUGCAUGUGGGACCAAGCACUGAGGCCCCCACAGAGCCCAUCCACAUCACACCCUCUGCAGCCCCAGAUCCGAUGACUGAGCCUGUGGAAACCCUCAGCUACACGUACCUGACUCUGUCGACCGAAGCCGCCCCUCUCCAGGCCGCCACAGAAUCCCCGCUCCCACCACCAGCAGACAAACCUGCUGUCACUGUGCCAGAGACAACCUCUCCCGCUGCAUCUGUCCUCACCAGCCCAUCCAAAAAUGUGGAUCACGCAGCCCUGCCCACUGAAGGGCCAGCCACAGCCCAGGAGCCACGGCACACCGACCCACCCACCACCCCCGUGGGUAGCCCCCUGCACACGUCUGCAGCUGCAGUAACACCUUCCUCUCCUGUCACCAGUUUCAAGUGGGCUCCAAGUCCUUUUCCUACCACAGAAGCACUGACAUUUGCCAUCCCAUCUCCCCAGACCCCCAGCCAGGUGCCAGGGAGCCCUGUUGCCUCUGAUGACUCUCCUGGAUUGCUGGGAACUGAACUAUCUGCUUCAGAGCUCCCACCAUCAGCUCCCCCGGAGUGGCUGCUGGAGGAAGGCACAGAACUCCAGGACACAGAGGACUGGAUGGAUUUGCUGCAGGCUGAGAAUGACACAUCUCUCUUCUCUGCUUCUACUCUUCUGUCGGGUGAUGGCGAUUCUUCAGAGAGGGAUGUCCCUGACUUUCCUCGGAUCCUUCACCCUGACCUUGAUUAUCAGUAUGAUGCCCCUGAGUUUUGGGAGGAGAAUGAAGAGCCUAGCUGGGGUCCAGAUGCAUGUCCCUGUGUGCAGGGAAUCCAGGGAUCUUCACUGUUUCCAGUCAACGUGGCGAGGAAGAUAACUCUGCUGGGAAAGAACUUCCACCUCUAUCAGGACCAGCAGUGGGACUAUGAGUGUGUCCUGAAUGUGGAGGGGAGGACAGUGGUGAUGGAUGCUUAUGUGGAAGGAGAUGAAACAAACCUGUCUCUCUGUUAUAUCACCUGCCAGAUGAACCAGUACAGUUACACGGCAUCUCAACUUGAAUUCAACGCUGUGGUGUUUGUGCAGAGGCAACGACACCUUCGAGUGGACAGUGCUGCAGAUCUUCACGUGACUUUUUACAACUGCUCUGUGGGACACACUGAUUGUAGCCGAUGCCAAACAGCUGACUCAAAGUACAACUGCGUGUGGUGUGGAGGUGAUAACCCCAGCUGUAUCUUCAGGGGCUCUUGCAAGGAAGAAAUUGAAGACCUGUGUCCAGCACCUCUCAUUCACUCUGUGUACCCCCUGUCUGGACCAGUGGAAGGUGGCACUAGAAUCACCAUCACUGGCUCAAACCUCGGGCAGAAACAUCAAGACAUUGCAGAAACUGUCACUGUUGCAGGAAUUCCCUGUGCCGUAGAUGCUCAAGAGUAUGAGAUCUCUAGCAGGGUGAGGAUGGAAACACGUGGUUGGAGGCACACCCCUAGACUGUCAGUCUUCACUUGCCAGCUAGACUUCCACCGCUAG